AUGCUGAAACCGACAAUAGAAAAGAUAGAGGUAGCUGAAACAGAAUUUACGACAGUAAAAAAGUCGCCGUCAUAUCUACGAAGAUUGUUACACACAGCAAAUUUACUAUCUAAGAAAUUGGACUCCCUGGGAGUGGAAGCUACAGGUAUUGAGCGUAUAUCUCCCUAUGAGAGAGGUUCAAAGAGAAAGCAGUUCAUUCAUGUUGCUGGAUAUUGGUUAGCUGCAACUGGUUCCCUUUCAUCGAUGUCUUCAUUCCUUCUGGGGCCCUUAUUAUUUGGUUUAACAUUUAAUGAGAGUAUGGUAUCCGGGAUAGUAUCCAUGGCCAUUGGUUGUCUUGUUGCAGCAUAUUGUUCCAUUAUGGGUCCACAAUCUGGUUGUAGACAAAUGGUCACUGCUAGAUAUCUAUUUGGUUGGUGGUUUGUUAAAUUUGUUGCUCUGGCAGCUAUUAUUGGUGUGAUGGGUUGGUCCGUAGUUAAUUCAGUCGUUGGUGGUGAAAUGUUAGCAUCCAUCUCCAAUGAUAAAGUUCCAUUAUGGGUCGGUGUUUUGAUCGUCACCCUUUUUUCGUUUUUAGUUGCUGUGUUCGGUAUUAAGCAGGUCUUGAAGGUGGAAACUUAUCUAUCGAUUCCUGUUUGGCUAAUGUUUAUUCUACUUUACAUUUCUUCAAGUGACAAGUAUCAUUAUAUUGACGAUUUUAAGAGUCCCAUUCCUGAUCGUCUAACCUUAAAGGGUAAUUGGUUAAGUUUUUUUUCGUUAUGUUACAGUAUUACAGCUACCUGGGGAUCUAUUACGGCUGAUUAUUAUAUUUUGUUUCCUGAAGACACAUCUAAGUUCCAAGUGUUCAUGUUGACAUUUCUAGGAACUGUGGUACCUACCUUAUUUGUUGGUGUAUUAGGUCUUUGUCUAUCUACGGUAGCUGCCACAUAUGAACCAUGGAACGACGACUACAACAAAUAUGGUAUGGGUGGAUUAUUACAUGCCGGAUUUAAACGUUGGAAUGGAUUUGGUAAAUUUUGUGUAGUGGUUUUACUUCUAAGUUUAAUCUCCAAUAAUAUUAUUAAUACGUAUUCCGCAGCGUUUUCGGUACAACUUGCUAGUGUUAAAGCAGCCAAGGUACCGCGUUGGUUUUGGUCCAUCGUUUGUAUGAUUAUCUGCCUGGUUUGUGCAUUGGUAGGUCGUAACCAUUUCAGUACCAUUUUGGGUAACUUUCUACCUAUGAUUGGGUAUUGGAUUAGUAUGUAUUUCAUACUGUUAUUAGAAGAGAAUGUUAUUUUCAGAGAGUAUUUCCAUCAUUUAUACUAUAAGGAAUUCCCAGAAUUUGAUAAGAGCAAAUCUGGAUCUGACACCACUGAGGGUGAGGAAGAAGAGGAGUUCGAACCGCUAGAGCCUGUGGUAGGAAACUCAACAGCAUUGCAGAAUAAUUUUGAGAAUAAUAAGGAUAAGACUGAUAGUACAAAAGAGGCUACAAUUACAAACAUUCACCUAUUAAAAAGGAGGCAUUUAGCUACUAGUCAUAAAUACAAUUGGAACAAAUGGGAUGAUCCAGAAGUACUGACACAUGGAUACGCCGCAACAUUUGCAUUUCUUUGUGGUGUUGCCGGUGUUGUCGUUGGUAUGGCACAAGCAUAUUGGAUUGGACCCCUUGCAAGAAAAUUUGGUGAGACCGGUGGAGAUAUUGCUAUGUGGUUAAGUAUGGCAUUUUCAGGGUUGGUAUACCCUCCAUUAAGAUAUUGGGAAUUACGUAGAUAUGGCCGCUAG